AUGAACUACCUCGUCAAAAUCGAUGAGCAGGGGAAACUGAGAUGGGCUCGAAACAACACCCUGGUCGACACCACCGCAGGUCGAUGGAAGGACGCUGGCGGUGGCGCGGGCAUCGUCCCUCUCGACGUCCCCGAGCGGCCCCCACUCAACGGCGGCAGAGGGAGCUUCUCUUCAUCUCUAUCGUCCUCGUCGGUGUCGUCUGAUGAGGCCAUUACGCACUAUGUCGGGGAGGUGAAAGGUAGCAAUCGAUUUACGCGGUCGAUUCGGAGGAAGUUUACGCCCAGCGGUUGGGUGCAGAAGCUACUUAGGAAGACAGUUGCCCGAAACACGUGGGUUUACGUCGCGGAUGCCCAAUGUGUAACAUAUUCAUCGGGAUCAAGAGUACGCCUUUCAGUCUCGGGCAUGUUUCGCUUGCUCAAAUUGUUGUAG